AUGAAUAAUUUAUUGACUUUUACAUGUCUCUGCGUGAGCCUGACGGCGGUUGGGAGCACAUGGUUCCAGACAGGCUGGCUCGGCCGGCUGGUGCAGUAUCACAAGACUAAGUUCCUGGAUGAGCUCAACGAGGUCGCUCCCAUUAAGAUUAAAGCAUCGAUAGUGCAGAAAGAGCCAGGCUUCGUGGACUCAACCGAAUGGGACUUCAACUCUGUGCUACGUCUGCUGACGCUCAUGAGGCAGAGCCAGCAAACGGCGCCAGCGCGGCGCGCGCUGCGGCGCAUGCUGCAGCCGAUGACCAGGCGGUUCAUAAGCAAGGCGCAGAGCUACAAGUUUUUCCCUAGCUUGAGCAAGAACCACCCCAACGAGUUCUACUACGACAUCGACUCGGACGAGAUGUACGAGGAGGCCGACAACACCACAUCCAGCUCGCUGCUCGACGAGGACGCCGUGCUCGUCAUCACCAACCCCGUGGAGGCGCGCCUGCCCAGCGCUCAGAUCAGCGUGAAGCUGCUCAAGCAAAUACUCGAAAAUAGAGCGAAAGCAGGGCGACAGAUGCCUACGACCAAAAAAGCCUUGAAGGCAACUGAAAAAGACAACGAAACAACUAGUGAUGAUAAUGUCACUGCUACGGAUACAAGCAAUGAUAUGAGCGCCUCGGACGAUUCAAGCUCGCCUGAUUCGAGUGCGCCUGACUCGAGCACCACUGACUCCACCUCUCCUACGGCCUAGCACAGUGAUGGCCAAGAAGUCGACGAAGACGAUUUUGGUAGCCCAAGAGAGUUAAAUAAACGGAACUUAUUUUAAAACGUACGUUAUUCGCGCCAAGAACACUAACCCCCUUACUAAUAAAACUUACAAGCUCGUUGAACAGUGUU